AUGGCGCCAUUGACGCGUCUACGCGCGGAUAAAGAUCACGUCCAGCUCCCUAUGGCUGUGGAGUAUUAUGCCCAGCGAGCUGCUGUGCCCGGGACCCUUAUCAUUGCUGAAGCGACCCAAGUCUCUCCGGCGCAUGGUGGAGUACCACACGGCCCUGCGCUUUGGAAUGAAGCCCACAUCACAGGAUGGAGAGACAUCACCAACGCAGUUCAUGAGCGUGGCUGUAGUAUUGUAUGCCAAUUGGUUGCUCCAGGCCGAGCAGCGGACGCCGAGCAGCUCAGAGCAGGCGGGGAUGAGGUGUUGAGCUCAAGUGGCAUAACGAUGCCUGGGGGGGGGGUUGCACCUAAAGGGGGGUCAACUACGGGACCGCGCGCAAUGACUGAAGAUGAAAUUUGGGGGUGUGUUGCGGACUUUGCGCAAGCAGCAAAGAACGCUAUCGCUGCUGGAUUUGACGGCAUAGAGAUACACGGCGCGAACGGAUAUCUAGUCGAUCAGUUUUUGCAAGAUACAUGCAACCAGCGGCGCGAUACUUGGGGCGGAAGCGUAGAAAAUCGCAGUAAAUUCGGCAUCGAGGUUGCAAAGGCUGUCGCAGCCGCUAUUGGAUCAGAUCGCGUGGGAUUCCGCUUGAGUCCAUGGAGUUCUUUCCAAGGCAUGCUCAUGUCCGACCCUAUUCCCACAUUUUCCCACCUUGCCGCGCAACUCAAGGAACUACAAAUCGGCUAUCUACAUAUAAUCGAGUCCCGGGUGGACAAUAACGUCGAUUGCGAGUCCACUCAGAGCAUCGAUUUCCUGCUUAAUAUCUGGGAUAAUGUAACACCUGUUUUGAUAGCUGGUGGCUAUACUCCAGACAACGUGUUUGAAGCCGCUGAUGAGAAGUAUGGUGCAUCAGAUAUCGUCUUCGUCUUCGGACGGCACUUUGUGUCCAAUCCAGACUUACCAUACAGACUAAGGAAUGGUCUGGAAUUGAACAAAUAUGAUCGAAGUACAUUCUACACACCAGAGAGCCUCCAAGGAUAUAUUGACUAUCCCUUCAGCAAGGGGUUUCAACCUGGUGUAAGACUGUAA